CGAAGGAAACCCUCAUAAUACGGCCAUUUCCACACAGCCAGAGGAAUUGCAGGAAAACUAGACAAGGAAGAAGAAGAAGAAGAAGAAGAAGAACAGUGGGAGGAUAGCAAUCAACCUUAUCGCUUCACAGCGUCCGACGGUUCCUUUCUGGAUAUGGCUGAGAACAAAGAGGUCGUGCCUCCACCGCAUGAUUUGAAUGCGAAGUGGGACGCUUGUCUUGAUUUGACGCUGCGCCGAUUCGUUUACUCUUCCUUGGCUGGUGCAUUUGGCGGCCUCCUUUUCUUCAGGAGUCCGGUGACUCGUUGGGCAUCUAUUGCUUUUGGUGCUGGAUUGGGCAUUGGAUCAGCGUACACAGAUUGUAAUUCUUUAUUUGAAGGUUCCACCGCGAAAUUCGCAUCUCCAAAAAUCACAGGGCCUCAGCCUUCACAGGAGGGGCAAGAUUAAUUACAACUGAUGGAGAAGAAAGCUGUGUUGAGGUUGAAUGGAUGUGAAACCGUAAUUUUACGUGAGAUUGUUUAAACUUCUGUUUCUCAUGUUUGGAUUUCAUUGUGUAGUACAAACGUUUUUGGUUGUAGACAUUAUAUUUCAUCUCCAUGCACGCUACAGAUUUUCCUGUUGCUAAUAUCGAGUUACGUAAGCAGGAGAGGAAAAAAGGAAAUCAAUAAGUACUCUUCUUGCAACCCUCAUGUUGUUUAUUAACUAAUGCUUUGACAACCGUCUUUUCUAUCA